CGUGCUGAGCAACACACACGCACACGCACACGCGAACGCGCAGCAGGCUGCCAGGAGCCACUGAGACACGCACACGGGCCGAGCCUCGGGAUGCAGCCACAAGAAGGAGCUCAUGAACAUGUUUGCAGUAAACGCAUUUUUCGUCAUCAGUGGUGUGUUUUUUUUUCAUUUUUUUUUUCAUGAUUACAGGAUUUGAGUCACGAGCCACGCGCGCGCAUUCCUCAGCAGGCUUUUGCGCAUCUCCGAUAGCAGAUCGUCCCGUGCUCUCGUGCGCCGGAGCGUGGUUUUUAAUCCGCCUGCCCAGCAGGGAGCUCUGCGCGGACAUGCUCCAGCGGCGACACGCCACGCGUUUAUUCUGAGAUACUUUCAGUAUUUUUUCAACAUCCCAAAGAUGGAGCAACGGCUCCCCAAACCAGAGGGCAAGAACAUGGACGCGUGUCUGAGGCGACUGAAGCAGGAGCUGCUGUGCAUGAAAGAAGCCGGCGAUGGCCUCCACGCUCAGAUGAAUUCGAUGAUGGGAGCCCUCCAGGAACUCAAGCUCCUUCAGGUCCAGACAGCGCUUGAAAACCUCGACAUUUCAGGUCGUCCCGUCAACCGGCGACUCCCGCAUCCGCCUCCUCCCGAAGCGCCGGCCGCAGCGGCUCCCACCCCGCUCGAGGAUCGGGGGUCCAGCUUCAGACGGAGCGCGCCGGGGGAGCGCAGCCCCAGCCCGAUGCAGAGCGCAAGUCCGUCCCCGGGGAGCGGAGGCGCCUCCCCGCCUCGGAACAGAGGCAGCACGGGAACCUCGUCCUCCUCGGCGUCCAGCCUCGAGAGCGAGAGCGGGGGACGUGGCGCGAGGAGCGAGAAUGACCUCGAGUCCAUGCCCAAGAGGUGGUCGGGCUACUCCGCACCGCAGGUGGAUUUCUAUGGGCCGACGGUGGGAAACCCCCCGGUGGAGCCCCGCGCUCGGCCGCAGGCUCCCCGCCGGGCGCAGGCGGCGGACCUGCCGGGGAUCCUGUACAGCCUCUCCAGAGAAGGCCCUUCGUUGGACAGCGACUACUCCCAGGACAGCGCCGAUGACGCCAGCGACUGGACUUCCUCGCUCAUGAGCCGCAGCCGCAACCGCCAGCCCCUGGUGCUGGGCGACAACGUCUUCGCCGACCUGGUGGGCAACUGGCUGGACCUGCCCGAAGCGGAGAGGGAGGAGGGCGGAGGGGAGGAGGCGGGGAGGAGAGCAGAGGACGGAGGGGCGGACCGGCCGGACACGCCGGCUCACCCGCUGCGCCUCAGCCGCUCGCAGGAGAUCUGCAAGAAGUUCUCCCUGACCACAAACAUCUUCAAGAAGUUCCUGCGCGGCGUCCGGCCCGACAGGGACAAGCUGCUGAAGGAGAGGCCCGGCUGGAUGGCUCCCGAGCUGCCGGAGGGAGACCUCUUCAAAAGGCCAAAGAAGGGGGCCCUCAAAAGGCCAAAGAAGGGGGCCCCCAAAAGUUCGAGAGGCAGCUUCUACCUGCCUUUCUGGGCGAACGGACAGCAGGGCAAAGGCAGGUCGUGUUGCUAUCUAGCAGAGGACGAGAAGAACCAACAGCACCACUUCCCCCGGUUCCACCAGCAGCCGUUGGCCGGGAUGUAUUUGGACAGGAGACAGCCAGAGAAAAUGCAGCCCUUGUUUGACUACAACACAGCUGUGUGGGUCUGACAGACUGCCAGUGAUGCCAAACCGAGUGAGCGACAGGUGCCGGUGGGCUUUUGGGGGGGGUUUACAGUUGUCUUCCGAAAAUGAACCGAUGAACUUGAGAACCCACAACGAGAUGAUCAAGACAAGAUGCUGUCUGACAAUCCUAAAAACCCAUAUCUUGUUUGAUGCGUGUGUCUGCGUGGGUGAGUGUCUGCUGGAGAGUUAGUUUAGAGACUUUUUUAAAAGACUUAUGCUGCAAGUUUUGUAUUGUUCACCUUUCAUCUCUUACGUGUGUUUGUGUGUGUGUGUGUGUGUGUGUGUGUGUGCGCACGUAUGACUGGUUUCUAUCGAUGUCCCAAAAGACCGGACAUCUCUCACAGAAUGUUUCCAUCAUUGCGGAUCUUUAUAAAUAAUCCACGGACAUUUCACUGCUGCGCUGCAGGACUCUAUAUCUCACUUAUUUGCAUCUAUGAAUAGAAACACCAACUGUUGGAUUGCAUGGUUGAAGUUUUUAUAAGCCAUGCUGCAAACAGCCGUUACUGAACGCACUGCCACCCAACACGGCCAUAAGCUCACUUCUGUUUCCCGCCGGCCCCGGCGCUGUGGAAGCCCAUCUCACUCACUUUGCUCAGGGAAGGAGACACUUCACCGCAUUCAAAUGGGUUUCAAACAGAGUUCAGAGAAGCCUCUUCACUUCGUCACAGCAAUGCCGUGCACGUCUAGCGCAGGAGAUUGCACAUUCAACUUUUGAGAUUUCGAACCAAGCGAUCAGCCACGUCUGGCCCGUAGCCGUGUUGGAGAGCGCUUGUUUUUCUUCUCCGUCAUGCCGACACGGCACGCGUCGGGUCAACUGUCGGCCCACAGAAAAGGGGGUAAAGAUGGCACUGACUGACGGCCAUCUGGUAGUUAUGUAAAGCUCCACAACGUCCAAAAGCCGGCCUGUCCAAUCUCAAGGCUUUGAGCACGAGCUGAAUUAUCACCAUUAUGUUAAAUACUGUGUGAGUACAUUCACAGCGCUGUAACAGGGACAUUGUACAUGUUUAUCAUUCACCAAACAGCAGCAAUAACAAACAUUGCCUCUAACGUCAAAUCGCAGGAUUUUGAUAAUUCUGCACAAAUAAUUCUGUCACAGAAACAUUGAAACCCUCAGCAACGUCAUGUAUGUGUUCAAACAGCAACCUGAUCAAUUCAUCUUAUGCUGUUGUAUCAUAAUGAACAGUUCCAAUGUUGGUUGGUUUGUUUUACUUCAUGCAGCAUCGUAACAAUAAAACAAAACAAAAAAACAAAGCUUUCUUCACAAACUGACAUAAAUGUCAGGAUUCCCUCAGGACGGGACGCUCAAACUCAAAAUGCUUUGUUUCUAUAGAGGACCACUGUUAUGCAAGGACAAUCCCACACGCUAACUUGUUGCUAUUGUGAAAGACAAACGGUUCAUUUCACUCAGUUUUAACUGGGAUCCCCGAACCAAUCAACUCAGCCAGCAGGGAUUAGGCCUUUAGGUCUUUGAGUGUCUUGGCGAGUCGAUCCAUAUGGUGUUGUCUCAGUAUUCAGGUCAAUACAUACUGUACAUUAAGAUGGUCAAACACACACACAGACACACACACACACAGGCAGAAGUUUCUGCUGAGUUUCAUGCAUUAUGUGUAUGUAGAUGUUUGAUUUAUUUCUUCCUAUUUACAGUGUAAUUACCAAGUGUAAUUUUUCUGCACUAUUGAUAUUUCUUCAUCGGGGUUCUGCGAACCUUCAGUAGUGAUUCUGUGCCGUGUGAGUCUUUGUAAAUUAAAUAUGUUUUCAUGAAGAAAUGUUA